CCUAACUAAUUAAGUUUUGCUGAAUGGAAUUGGAAAAUACGGUGAUGUUUGGGAGUGAUGGUAGUGCUCCAAGCGCAAGAGAUAGAGAGAGUGUUGUGGCGGUCCACAACGGUGUCGCAUCUCCGACAAGUACACUCGCUCCUUCUGAAAUCGUGCCUCCUCCGCCACCCUUUUCUGGUUUCCGUCUUCAUCUCCUGCGCGUCCUCCAUCUCCCUCCCUUACGCCCAUUUCUUCUUCCGCGCCCUCCCCGCCACUCCCCCACUCUUCACCUUCAACCUCCUCAUUAGGGCCUUCUCUCAAACCACCCCUUUCCACUCCCUCACCCUCUUUCGCCACCUGCACCAAACUCCCCCCUUUUCCCCUGACAACUUCACUUUCCCUCCCCUUCUCACUGCAUGCGGUCGCGCUUCCUCCCUUCCCCUUGGCGGUUCCAUCCAUUCUUUGAUCCUCAAGAUGGGUUUCACCUGUGAUCCAUAUAUCAACAACACCCUUUUCAAGAUGUAUGCUGACUGCGGCGCACUGGGGCUCGCCCGGAAGGUGUUCGAUGAAAUGCCUGUUAGAGAUGUUGUGUCUUGGAGCUCUAUGAUUUCUACGUGUGUUUCUCGGGGAUUUCCUUGCCAUGCAAUGGCUGCGUUUUUCCAGAUGGGGAUGGAGAAUGUGAAGCCUAACUCCGUUACUUUGGUGAGCUUGCUUUCUGCUUGCACCAAAAUGCUCAACCUUGGUGCUGGAGCAUCAAUUCAUUCUUACAUUGUGAGGAAUCAAGUGGAAUUGGAUGUUGGUUUGGGCACGGCUUUGUUUGAGAUGUACGCGAAGUGUGGGCAGAUUGACAAAGCCCUCCAGGUUUUCGAUUCAAUGCAUGAGAAGAACCUCCAGUCUUGCACAAUUAUGAUAUCUGCUCUUGCAAAUCAUGGCCGCCAAAAGGAUGCUAUUUCGCUGUUCUCCCGGAUGGAAGAUAUGGGGUUGCAGCCAGAUAGUUUGUCUUUUUCUGCAAUUCUUUCUGCUUGCGGCCACAUGGGACUUGUUUCUGAGGGUAAAAUGUAUUUUGAUAGGAUGGUGAGAAUGUAUAGCAUAAAGCCAACUGUUGAGCAUUAUGGAUGCAUGGUUGACUUGCUGGGAAGAGCUGGCUUGAUUGAGGAAGCUCAUGAUAUGAUCAAGAACAUGCCAAUGGAGCCGAAUGCUGUCAUAUUAAGGAGUUUUCUAGGUGCUUGCAGGAAUCUUGGGUGGGUUCCUAGUUUGGAUGGAAAGCUUUUGUCUAAAUUGGAGUCUGAAUUGGGAGCAAACUAUGUGCUUACUGCCAGUAUUUUUUCCACCUGUUCUUCCUGGAAGGAUGCCAAUGACUUGAGGUUAGCCAUGAAACACAGAGGUUUGAAGAAGACUCCUGGUUGUAGUUGGGUGGAGGUGCAAAAUUGAUUUCCAAUAUAUUUUGAGAAGAGGCUAAGUUUUGAUCCAGAGAAGCUUUUGUUUACCAAACAUAUUUGUACAUUCUUUCUUGUCUCGUUGCAUUAUUGAUUGCAAUCAAAUGUACACAAACACUGACUCUUACAGAUGCUAGGAGAUAGGAACACGGGAAAAUGAAAAUACAGAUGAAUUUUACUGAGGUUUCAACUCUUACUCCAUUUGGGAUUAUGGUUGAUCUUUCAAGUGCCUUCUUCAUGCUUAAGGAAAAAGUUUUGGCAUAUUCAGAGAAAAAAUGGGAAGCAAUGCCGGCGAAGUUCUCUGACCUUAAUGCCAUUUUCCAAAAAUACCUGAAGUCACAGAGAGUAACAUGGGGUAUCCGCAUCGUGAGUAACUAAUAAAGUUGAUUGGCUUAUAUGGGCUUAUGGCGAAGGCUAUUAUUGACUCCAAUAACUCCAUCAUUCUGCAAACCAUGCACACCGCCACUCUGGUAUGCGGUUACCCUUACGGAAAAAAUCUCCUCUCUACUUUUAUCCAGAUCAAAUACCCUUCUUGACUAGUUGAACAUCCCAUGGUUCUGACAUUCGUAUUCUUGUAUUCACUGAGGUAACUUUAUUAGUUAUUACAUAUACUUGCUGCAUUGUAUUCACUGUCUAAGGUAGUUUUAUUAAACUUUUUGACAUACUUACCAUGUUACUGUUUGAUUUUUUUUUUUAAGUGACAUCCACACAUAAUUAAAAUUUGAAAAAUACUAUUUACAUAUCAAAUAUUCUUGACUUUCAUAUAAAAAUAAUAUUGUCAUUAAUUAAGUGUAUAUUUAAAUUAUUUUUUAAUUAAUAAAACAAAAAAAUUAUCUUUAAUUGUUAUAAAAAAUACUGAUGUCAAAAUAUUGUUUAUUAUAGAAGGGGUGUCAAUAACGAGAUUGUAAAAAUUUCUAGUCCUGUGCAUUUUACAAUUUUCACAGUUAAAUCAAGGGUUAAAAUUAAAUAGUGAAGCUCCUGAUUUGUGUAUAUCACGUCAAAUAGUAAACGGCCCAUAUUAACCGGAUAUAGAAUUAACGAUCACAUAUUCACGUGCCUUCACAUGGGGGUGCAAAUGGAUUGACUAUUACCUAAUCAUGUACCCCAUAGAUUAAAAUGUGAUAAAAAGUUAAAACCCAUGACAGGAUCAGAGAUUCUCCUGGAUUUUUGAGCCCCUUUAUCCAUGUAUAUAAACUUGUUUUUUAUCUGAUUAUUAUUAACAUAAUGCUUCUUUCAGGAACCCCAGACGAAGAAAAGAAAAACGUAUUAGCACCCCAACAUUGUUUCUGUUGAUGAUGUUUUAAUAUAUAGUUAAUACCAAGAUGCAUUAAUGUACUGAACUAAAAAACAAAUGGACAGCUGGCCUUGUACCUGGUGAUCUUUUGCCUUUGGAAAAAUAUUUGUCUAAUAACUAUUUUUUAUCUACUUGCUUGAAAUUUAUCUCUUGAGCAAAAGUAUUAUGGUUUCCACUAUAGUUGGGUCCCAACAUUCCAUUCUAGACGAGAAAUGAUAAAUUUUAAGGACCAAAUGUUAAAUGGCCACAAAAAAUGUCAUUUUAUAUAUAUUUUUUACUUUGUACUUGUUCACACCCCAGUGCUCCACACUCAGAGAGUCAACAUAAACACUGUCUCCAACUAGUGAUUCCCACUUCCAUGGCUUAUUCAGUGAACAGAUCAAGUUCAGGUUUCAGCUUCUCAGAGCAUUGGCUCAUAGUAGUAGCAAGUGCUGUGAUUUGUGGAUUCUUGGGGUACAUAGUGUAUGAUGCAGUGAUGGCUACUGCAUCAGAGUUGCUGCAACGCUUGCUGGUAAUUUCUCCGUUGCUCUUAAUCAUCGUUGUUCACUGGCUCUCCACUGGCAGCCAGUUAAGCUUCCCCAUGCCAGGAUCUGAGCCAGGUGCCAUCCACAGAGCUGGUGGUUCCCCUUGGGGUGUUGCCUUUGUGCUACUGCUUCUUUUCUUCCUUAUUUCCUACCAACCUUCCCUGCAUGGCUUUAUUGCUUAGAUUUUUAUGCUGUAAUUAUGUUGCAUGUCAUGGGGCUUGCUUAUUACUUGUAUUCUAGUGCUUAAUAUGCCCACUUCAGCUUCUUAUACCUCAUAGUGAAGCUGUUUCUAAUGAAUGAAUCUUUGAGGAAAAAAACAAACUUGUGUUGCUUAUCUUCUUCAACUGUGAAAUAUUGGGUCUUGUACUAUUUACCUUGCAACCAAAUUUUGAACAUG